AUGGUGCUGGAGAAAUCACAGAAGAAGACGUCUUCGCAGGGGAAAUCCUCUGUGAAGACGUCCAAGACUUCGUCUUCCACCUCUUCCACGCAGAAGUCCUCCAAGAUUGUCUCGUCGUCCAGCGCCGGAAGUGUUAGAAUCGAAGAGAGUUCUCAUGAUACGCCAGACUCCUCACUCACCACGUAUAUCGUGAGUGACGAGGUGAUUUCCAGGAAACCGAAGGAGCACAUCAUCUUCGGUGGUACUCAAAUCACUGAAGUCGGCUCGGUUCUGGGUAAAACCGGUGAGGAUACGAAGAUUGUCGCAGCACCAGGCGUGACAGUCACUAAAGUCGAGUCCGGCUCUUCGUCGUCCAUGAAGAGCAGCUCCCAGAAAGCCUCUUCCAGCAGUUAUUCAGUGGAAAUCGUGGACGGCAAAGAAGUGAAGAGAGACGCUCAGUCGCGCGAAUGGGGCUCCAGUGACACUCAAUCGCAUGCUGAGGAGUUCAAGUCCGUCUCUGGCACGGGAAGAGCCACAGAGACUCAGUUCGCGGCCAAAUCCGAUUCGGACUCCCUCAAGUAUGACACUGGCAAGGCUGGACAACAGCCGCUCUUUGAUCGCGUCAUGCAGAGCGAGGAGCGCUUGGUUGAGCAAGUGGGCAAAGAAAAGCCCCUGGAUUAUCAUUCCCAAUCCACACAGUAUGAAACCUACGAUCCGGCCACGAAGAGGAUUGUCUCGCGCGCUGGAGACAGCCAGACGAACUUGUCCGAGGGCAAGAUUACUCAAAGCAUCGACUCCACGAGUCUUCAGAAUGUGCUAAAGAGUUCCUCAGUGGAUCGCCUUACGGCGGAGAAUGUGCAGCUCUUCAACAGUCAAGCAAAGAGCUCCAGCAAGAGCGCUGGAAAGGAUGUCACGGUGAUCACUGAGGAGCGCAGGAGCAGCUUUGAUGACACGGCGUCCGGCAAUACUUUCAUCAUUGAGGAACGAGGCCAGCAAGAGAGACAAUCUGCGGUCACGGACAGAAACCAGAGCUCGUGGGACGGGAAGUUCGUCUACGAGAAACCGCAAAUAAUCACUAGUAGCAGCAGCUUCCAGGCAAAAGAUGUAAGUGAUAGUGUAUAG